AGAUGCCUACUGACAUAUACUCAUGUCCUCACACCUGUACCUUGCUCAUAGGAAGGAGCAAGUCAGCAGGACUCCUUCCAAGGGAGCAGUGCAAAGAUUAACUGCCCUUCAUGGGACUCCUUCCUUGUUUGAUUUUCCUUCUUUCUCCAGCCAAGUCUGUAAUCUUAAGAGAAGUAGGCACUGGCCCUAGGGAUCCUGGUCUGAGAAAUAUCAACUCUAAUAAGAAAUCUCACUGGCCUACACCUCCUGCUUAGCCCAUUUCUGAAGAAGUUCUAAAGGGUUUGCUGUUGGCACAUGACUGGCUUAUCUCAGCAUUAUCAGGAACAAGAAAAGGGACGACAAGGGACAUGGAGGCCUCAGUCAAUGGGACAGAGGCUGUGGAGACCACACCCUACGACUAUGAGGAGGCAAUGCCAUGCGAAAAAGUCGAUGUCAAGGAGCUGGGUGCCCAGUUCCUGCCCUUGCUGUACUCCUUGGUGUUCGGGGUUGGCCUGCUGGGCAACGUGGUGGUGCUGAUGAUCCUUACAAAAUACAAGAGGCUCCACAUCAUGACCAACAUCUACCUGCUCAACCUGGCCGUUUCUGACCUGCUUGUCCUGCUCACGCUGCCGUUCUGGAUUCACUACAUUGGGUGGAAAGAGUGGGCUUUUGGCCGCUGCAUGUGUAAGCUGCUCUCUGGGCUUUAUCACAUGGGCUUGUACAGUGAGAUCUUCUUCAUCAUCCUGCUCACCAUAGACCGGUAUCUGGCCAUCGUCCACGCUGUGUUUGCCCUGCGAGCCCGGACGGUCACUUUUGGUAUCGUCACCAGUGCCUUCACCUGGGGACUGGCAGGGCUAGCAGCCAUCCCUGACUUUAUCUUCCAUGAGUCCCAGGAGGAGUUUGGCAAGUCUGUCUGUAAUCCUCUUUACCCACAGGGUAGAGAAGAUGCCUGGAAGAGUUUCCAAGCUCUGAGGAUGAAUAUCUUGGGUCUCGCUCUGCCUCUGCUUGUUAUGGCUGUCUGCUACUCAGGAAUCAUUAAAACGCUGCUGAGAUGCCCCAGUAAAAAAAAAUAUAAGGCCAUCCGGCUCAUUUUUGUCAUCAUGGUGGUCUUCUUCAUUUUCUGGACACCCUACAACCUGGUUCUCCUUCUCUCUGCUUUUCAAAUGAACUUUGAGACCGACUGUGAGCAGAGCAGACAGCUGGAUCUGGCCAUGCUGGUGACGGAGGUGAUUGCCCACUCGCACUGCUGUGUCAACCCUGUGAUUUACGCCUUCGUCGGUGAGAGGUUCCAGAAGCACCUCCGCCACUUUUUCCACAGGCACGUGGCCAUCUACUUGGGCAAAUACAUCCCAUUCCUUCCUGCCGAAAAACUGGAAAGAACCAGCUCUGUAUCCCCAUCAACAGGGGAGCAGGAACUCUCUGCUGUAUUUUAGGUCAGAUGCAGAACAUUGCCUAAAGAAGAUGCACAGGGCAGAUGAAGCAAAUGUAUAGACCUCUACACCAGUCCUUUGAACUUCCAGGGCAACAAUGAAGCUCUUGAAGAUGUUAAAAUAUAUACACAACGAUGGUGGAAUAUCUAUGCACCCCAAAGUCAUUACCAAAGGUCAACUUAUCAUCAACCCUGAAAAGCAUAGCUUUGCUUGAUUCUCUGAAGAGUUACAUACAUGUAAUGCACUUGAAUGUUAGAUAGUUACUAUAUGCAGCUAUAAACAGGUAACACUUUUUAUAUUUUAAAACUUAACUUCAGCCAGUGAUUCACAUAAAUGAAACUUACUUCACAAAGUACAAUAAAUCAGUUACAUUA